UUCAAGAUCGUCGAUGUUUUAUGAACGUUGUUUUGGUCUGUUCUGUUCGCCCUCUGGGUUGAAUGGAGAUGAGAGAAAUAUACUGAUGUAUUGAUUUCUACAGUUUGAUACAAAUACUGGUCUCAAUUGAGUCUUGCAAACAGCCUUUUAUACGCGGAAUUCUGAUGAUGUUGAUGAAUUUGAAUUAUUCAAUUUCUUGAACGUGCACCCUGGUAACGUUUCACGGAAGUGUAACGCAAAAAAAAGGAUAUCUACGGAAAUUGAUUGACGAUAGCUAUAUGUUAUUUAGUCAGCUGGAUAACGUUAGUUUUGGAAAGUGACAUUAUUUUCCAGGAGAAAGUACAUCACUGGUAGGCACUAAUGUAAGUUAGAUGAGUUAGCUAUUUAGACAGUCCUUUAUACAAAAGCAACGUAACGAGCGUUACCCUGGCCUGAGCUGUUCAAUCACUGAGACCGACAGCUCUAGGCUAGCUAGCUAACGUUAGAUGGCGCAGCCGUCAACAAACGACGUUACCAGACAUUAGAUAGCCUACGACGUUACCAGAUUUUUCUGUUAGGCAUGCAUGUAACUUGAUAUAAACUACAAGAAGGGGUUCCCGCUGCUUUUUGGCGCUUCACACUGCCGACUUUGUCUGGUUCGAUAGACAAGUUAGCUAGCUACCUAGCUAGCUUCCUUGGAUAGCAUGAGUAACUUGAAUAUCUCAUACAGUAAUCAAGGCAAAACGAUGGCAUCUCAAGGCGCGUGUCGCAGUGGGACAGGUGUCUUUUACCAAGCGAUGCCAGCUGUGGGAACUGAUGGGAGAAAUGUUAUGAAACUGAUCCCUGUUCAAAAAGUAAACGGACAGUUUGUUCGAUCACCAACAAGCACUAUGAAGGACAUCGCUGAACCUCAACGAGAUCUUACCUUGGACGUGCCAUCAAUUUCAAAGAUUAACAUGUGUACUUUGGGACCCACAGCUAAAGGACAAUCGGUGAAUAAAAGGCAAUUUUACAUGAGUACCUCUCAAAAUCCAACCAAUCUGACAGGAAUAUAUAAAUCGGUGAGCAUCCAGACUCCUAUAGUAACAACAAAAAUGCGUCAGCCCCAAAGUGCGUUAUCCUUGACAUCACCUGAGCUAACACUUUUGAAUAAGGAUCAGCUGCCAGUCACUGUGAAAUCUCCAGUGCUUCCAAAUGGACAAUACCUUCAAAUUCCUCCUAAUGCUCAAGUGAAAACCCUUCCAGCAUCCGCACUCCCCCCAGCCAUAAAGAGACAGAUAUUUACUUCAUCAACGAGCUGUGCCUCAAAUUCGAAUUUGCCAAUGGUUCUUUAUGUGUCCCCUGUCCAAACCAUGAAACCGGGUGGUACUCCAUUAUGUCCAACAUCUCAGAAGGCACCCCUCUCCCUCAGCCGACUUCCAAGGUCAUCUGGCCAGACACAUUCUACAUGUUCUUCAUCAGGCUCAACACCAUGUUCUACUACUGCUAAGGAUAUUAAAAGACCGGUCACUCCUCUUAAGUGGGUGAUUGAGGAGACAGAUGGCUCACCUGCUCCAUGCCUUGUUCCUGUGAAUUCCUCUUCUAUGACCUCAGAUAUUUUGAAAACUCUGGCAGAGAUGGAAAAAGCCACCAAACCCUGUGAAAACACAUCAAAAAAGUGUUCACCUUCCCAAGAGAGUCAGACAAAAAUUGGCCAAGAGAAGGACAAUGCCUUAGUGAUGUACAAUGGGAAGGUGUAUUUUGUGGCCAAGAAAACUCCUGAGCUUUGUAACCGACCAUCAAAGCCCUUGGAGGCCAGUAGGAACAUGGGUGACUCCACCACACAGGCAGCAGAAAGUGUUAGAUUCAAUCAGAGAAUCAGCUUACCGCCCUCCCUACCCUUAAGCUCCUCACUUGGAUCACAAUUGUCAAAUAAAACCAGACCAGAUCCUAAACACAUUGUUAUACCAGAUGACAUCAUUGACCUCUGUGACGAUGAUCCCCAAGAUGACCUUACAUACCAGGCAAUAUCAACAAGGGACGUAACAAGGCAACCUUUAAGACAGUCUGAAGUCGAUGAGGACGAAGACUCCAAUGUAAUAUUUGUCUCAUACCUUCCACCCAAAACAGUGUCUAAAGUAGCUGAAGAAGACAAAGAAAUGGCUCAUAUGCUGAAUGACUUGGAAGCUGAACAAGAAGUGUUAUGCAGUCAAGAUCAUUUGAAUGGCCAGAUAGUGGAUAGUCAGAACAAAGUAUCUGGCCUGUCAAUAGAAAAGUGUCAGAGCGUUGCCACUGCCCAAGACAUGGCAGGCUGUCAAGGUAGUGCAACAGGCCAAGAGUUGAACUCCCGCCAGCAUAACAUCACUGGUCAGUAUAGGAAAAUUCUUCAAAGAUUUCAUGGCCGUGCAACUGGAAUCCGAAUAGAGAACAUUCAGGGUAAUGCCACUAGCAAGGAAAUGGGAAGCAGUCAUCCCAGUGCCUCAACCCAAGAAAUGGGGAAUGUCCAGGAUGAUGCCACUGACCAGGGAAUCGGAAACAGCCAGCACCAUCCUGCCACGCAAGAAAUGGACAACAUAACUGGAAGUACCUCUCUCCAAACAGAAAUGGAGACUCACAAGGAAAAGAGCUCAUCCGAUCCCAUCCCUGAGCAGCGGACUUCUGUGUUGGACAUGGAAUCCUUGGAAAGUUGUGAUCGCCUGCUGAAACAGAUGUUUGGGAUCACAUCUGAUGUGAAAAUAUGUUUGGAGAGGAUUGACGCUAAACCCAAGGCUAUCCCUAAGGUGUUUCCUCGGAUUGGGACCACAAACAAACGUACCAUAGAGGCUAUUCGCAAAUUGUUACAGGGAUCAAACAUUUUGAUAAAAAAGAGGGAACACAAGGAAACAGAGGUCUCUGCAACUAGGAAGGAUGGUAGUUGCCCAAUAGAUGCUAAAAGACUGAAAAUAGAAAAAGUAAAAAAUGCAUCUGAAAGUUCAGAAAACACAGAGACCCUCACCAGCCCAACUCCUCAGCUGGAAAUGCAGCCCCUCACCAGCCCAACUCCUCAGCUGGAAAUGCAGCCCCUCACCAGCCCAACUCCUCAGCUGGAAAUGCAGCCCCUCACCAGUCCAAGUCCUCAGUUGAAAAUGCAGCCUCUACCAGUCAACUCCUCAGUUGAAAAUGCAGCCCUCACCCAGUCAACUCUAGACUGGAAAUGCAGCCCUCACCAGCCCAACUCCUCAGUUGAAAAUGCAGCCUCCACAGUCAACUCCUCAGUUGAAAUGCGCAGCCCUCACCAGCCAACUCUCAGUGGAAAAUGCAGCCCCUCACAGCCCAAGUCCUCAGUUGGAAAUGCAGCCCCUCACCAGCCCAAGUCCUCAGUUGAAAAUGCAGCCCCUCACCAGCCCAAGUCCUCAGUUGAAAAUGCAGCCCCUCACCAGCCCAACUCCUCAGCUGGAAAUGCAGCCCCUCACCAGCCCAACUCCUCAGCUGGAAAUGCAGCCCCUCACCAAUCCAAGUCCUCAGCUAGACAUCUUAUCUGA